GCUCACAUGCGACAACAGAAGGUCAGACAUGGCAGCUUGUGCUGUAGGGCUGGACAAAUUUAUGUUUUCACUGAGGCUAUUACGGAACCUCCGGCUCCAGAAUGAACGGUUCAUAUCCACAUCUGUGUGUCGUCUUGCUGCGGGAAGCAGCGAGGAGCCACCAAAGUUCAUCCCUCCAUCCAAACCUGUCAUCGUGGAUAAAACACAGACUGAGGUGUCUCAGCGGAAGGUGCUGAGCCCAGAGUUCCUCCCUCCCAGACAGAGAACAGACCCUUUUAAAUUCUUCAUGGAGAGGAAAGACAUGAUCCGCAGGAGGAAGGUGCUCGACAUCCCUGAAUUCUAUGUUGGGAGCAUCCUGGCUGUGACCAUGGCCGACCCCAACGCCAGUGGGAAAACUAACCGCUUUGUUGGCAUCUGUAUCCAGAGGGGUGGGAAGGGGCUGGGAGCCACAUUUAUCCUGAGGAACAUCAUCGAUGGCCAAGGUGUGGAGAUCUGCUACGAGAUCUACAGCCCCCGUAUCCAGCAGAUUGAAGUGCUGAAGCUGGAGAAGAGGCUGGACGAUAACCUGAUGUAUCUGAGAGACGCUCUGAGCGAGUACAGCACCGUGGACCCGGACAUGAAGCCGGUGCCCAUUCCCACCACUGGAGAGGUGCCUGUCAAUAAGGUCAAGGUAAAGAUGCGCCCAAAGCCGUGGUCCAAACGCUGGGAACGACCCAAGUUCAAAAUCCAAGGCAUCCGCUUCGACCUGGCCCUGACCCCGGAGCAGAUGGAGCACGCCCAGAAGUGGGCACAGCCUUGGCAGGAGUACGACAUGCUGAAGGAGUACGACAUGUCCAAACUGGAGGUGAAGAUCCUCGACGAGGUCCAGAAGGAGAUGAGCAAGUGAGGACGAUCCUCCUGAAAUGCAAACGUUCAUCAAGUUUACCAUCAACAGACUUUUUCAGGAACAGGAAAGACUGAAAUAUGAGGAUUGGAAGGACGUGGAACAAUCUGCUGGAUUAGGUUAAUCCAAAUGGUUUACUCCAGAUACACCAGUGUAGGUGCGGAGGAGCCAAGAUGGAAGCUGGUGUCGUCGUCUGAGGAGUCAUGUCUGCUUCUGUUUGUCUUGUCAGUGUCAUGGGCCUUAGCUAUGACAUCCAUUAAGUUGUUUCUAUAAUAAAAGCUAUUAAACCUUCCAA